UGCCACGUUAUGGAGAUUGCAAGUUCCUAAUAUAGAGAUAUCACUCAAUAAUUUCUAUCUAAAGUACACAUUAAACUUGUUGCUUUGAAAAGGGAAUAGCCUAAUUGUACUAAGGAUCUUAUUUAAAUUAGAAUUUCUACUCACAGCAAAACUUGCCAAAGAGAAAGUCGAUGCAGCCAAUGAAAGACUUUAGGAAUUUCAUACAAGUAUGGCUUUCAUCUUAAUUCUUAAAGCAUCUCAAUCUACAGGGCUUUUUAAUGACUAAGACUACAAAUUGAAUUCUAUUCUUUCUCAAGUCAAAGAUGACAUUAGUUAAAUACAUAUUCAUCUAAAUCAACUUAAAACAUAAUUGAAUAAUGAUUUAAAUUAAUCGAUAUUUGAUUUUGUUUAGCAAAAAGCGAUGAAAACAUCAGAUUCAUUCAAAAAAGUAUUUCAAUUGAGAGAUUAAUUUAUAGUUGGUAUAAAGUCAUACAUAGAGGAUCAAGUAAUAGGAGGAGAAAAGGAAUAGGUUGAAUGGGGAAAGAGAUAGAGUGAUCAAGAGAGUUGGAUUUAAUCAGAAAUAUUAAAAAUUGAAUGAAACUGAGGAGGAGGCUAAUCAUUAGUCAAUUUAAAUGUUUGAUUAAAAGUAGAAUGAGGAAAAACUGGUUUCUAUGCAAAAGAUUGAAUCAAUGUUAAAUGAUAUUGCUGGAGUGUUCUAAAGGGUUGGAACCAUGGUGAGACUAUAAGAGACGAUGAUCGAAAGAAUUGAUAAAUAUACUGAUGAGGCAUAAGUGAAUGUUAGUAAGGGACGUAAAGAAUUGCAGGAAUCACAUAAGCGAAUAAGCUCGAAUAGAGGGUUAAUCUUAAAGGUGUUUUUAAUUUUGUUUAUUUUUGCUUUUAUCUACAUAGUAUUUAUUUUGUGA